AUCCAAUUUCUUUACGCCUUUGAGUCUUUGACUACUUUGUUUAAUCUUGAAAACUUCUACGAAAUAUCAGGAUCGGAACAAUAUAACAUUCCACCUCUAGAAUUCCCCCUUCCGGCUACAGAACUUUCUUCAAUUCAAUCCCAGAAUCCCAGCUCAAAAUGGUUGAGAAUCAUGCUUCAGGUGGUAAUGAAGGUCCUAGUGCAAAUGGAGAAUGCGCAAGUAAGAAUUCACUGGUUGUCUGCUUUGGUGAAAUGUUGAUUGACUUUGUUCCGACUGUUGGAGGGGUUUCAUUGGCUGAAGCACCUGCUUUCAUGAAGGCUCCUGGGGGUGCUCCAGCUAAUGUGGCUGUUGGCAUAUCAAGGUUAGGAGGUUCAUCAGCUUUCAUAGGCAAGGUAGGUGAUGAUGAAUUUGGCUAUAUGCUGGCGGACAUUCUGAAACAAAACAAUGUUGACAAUACUGGUAUGCGAUUUGACCGCGAGGCCAGAACUGCACUGGCGUUUGUUACCCUCAGAGCUGAUGGUGAACGUGAAUUCUUGUUUUUCCGUCAUCCAAGUGCAGACAUGCGUCUUCAUGAAUCAGAGCUUGAUAUAAACCUUGUCAAGAAGGCCAGGAUCUUUCAUUAUGGUUCCAUUAGUUUGAUUGCGGAACCAUGCAGGACAGCUCAACUUGCUGCAAUGAGCAUUGCCAAAAAGUCUGGUAGCAUUCUCUCUUAUGAUCCAAAUUUAAGAUUGCCACUUUGGCCAUCAGCUGAGGCUGCUCGGAUGGGCAUAAUGAGUGUAUGGGAUCAGGCAGAUAUUAUUAAGAUAAGCGAGGAGGAAAUUUCAUUCUUAACUGGAGGUGAUGAUCCUUAUGAUGAUAAUGUGGUACUGCAGAAGCUUUUUCACCCUAACCUUAAACUUUUGGUUGUAACUGAAGGCUCUGACGGCUGUAGAUAUUAUACCAAGGCAUUUAAGGGUAGGGUUCCUGGUGUUAAAGCUAAACCAGUCGACACAACUGGUGCUGGUGAUGCAUUUGUGGGUGGGAUGCUGAGCAGCAUAGCCUCUGACUCAAGGAUAUUUGAGGACGAGAAGCGAUUGAGAGAUGCUCUACUCUUUGCAAACACCUUGAGGGCGACUCCUUUCUUAGAAUCUGAUCGGAAAAAUCGAAUUCAGCAUUUUCCGGCUUUGGUUCCAGUUUCAAAUUCAAGGGAAAACCAACUGGAAAAGGAGAAAAUGGCGUCGAAUCCUUCUCUGCAACCUGAGAUCGGACCCGACGGACUCCCUAGAGAAGCGCCUGUUAUCGCCUACACUGAGAAGAAAAUCCAGGAAGAGCAGCUUCAAUUGAGAAAAUACAUUGAAGAAAAUUAUUCGAAAAUACGUGAUGUUGAACGAGAGCUUGCAAAUCUGAACAUGGAAAUGAAACUUACAGCUGGCCCUAAAAAAUCAGCACUUGAACACUUGAGAAAGAAAAUAGAAAUGUCAACAGAAAGGAUUCGUGUUGCCAAGCAGAAGGAGGAACAAGCACGAAAGGAUUGGGAAGCAGCAUCACAAGCUGUGAAGGAUGAGGAAGCAAUCAAACAGAAGUUAUGUGAAGACUUAAACAAUCUGGUUCAAGAAAGUAGUAACUCUCAAUAUGCUCGACUUGAGGAAUUGAAAAGACGAUUAGAAGCUCUGAACCCAAGUAGAGCAUCUACCAUUUUGCCUCCUGAUGUGAGGCCAGCUGGACCUGCUAAUGGAGGUGCAACUUCAGAUUUUUCUUCAGUUUCCAACAUGACAGAAAAUGUACCUAAUCAAAGAGAAGGUGGAAAUGUUGCUGCCAUUAACGGGCAAACUCAACAGUCAAAAAAUGAGGAAGAAGUAAGAGUAAAGAAGAAAAGUCAGUACCAAGGAAGGGGAAAGGGAAUUGGUGUUGUCCCCAAGGGGAGAGGAUCUACAGCACCUGGCUGGACAGGAGCAGGUUUUGAAACUUAGGAUCAUCAAUUUAUAUUGUCUUGAUUCACAUGAAGGGAUGGAAGAAAAGAUCGUAACUUUUUUGCAUUUGAGGAGCAUCUCUUUUGCUAGUCUUUGUCCCCCUUCACUUCUAUAUUUAGCUGUUAUUGUAUUCUUUCAAUUGCACAUAGCUUGCUGAUAUUAAAUAUUCAAUCUGACUGCUUAUUUGUUUUCUGAAGUAUUCUGAACUGAUAUAAGUCAAUAGUGGGGACUUUAGUUGAGAAAUCAUUCAGGUAUUUCUGUUUUGAAAAUGUCGAUAGAGAAACACAUAAUGUGGAAAGUUUCUUAUCAAUAUAUUUUUUUAAUAUAAUCUACAAUGAAAU